AUGCGGUCAGUUGGUGUUCUUCUCAAGUAUCUCGAUUGUGGUGACUAUAACUGCAUUUGUGAAUUUUGUGGCUCCUAUUUCUGGUUUGAUGAAAGGUCUCUGAAGCUAUCCACUGCUCAUCACCCGAGAUAUAGUCACUGUUGUAAAUCUGGUGUUGUUAUCCUUCCUUAUCCUUCUAGAUUACCAACUGAAUUUAUUUCCCUUUUUGAUAACGUUCGUUUCUUGAGGGACAUUAGAGCUUAUAACAGCAUGUUCUUUAUGACAUGGUUUGGAGAAAAUGUAGAUGAGGAUCCAAAUGAUAGUCAUGGUCCCUAUGUGUUUAACGUUUCAGAAAAAAGGGAUUUAGAUGAGGGUAUAGUUACGUUUCUGGUUGCCUUUUUAAAGGACAACAAUGAAUAUGUGUGUACAUUCAAGACUGCAAAACAGCUUGCUGAUGAGAUGAACCUAGCAUCAUAUGUUGUUUGUUUGUUUAACAAUGUUCCCGACCAUAGAUAUGACCUACCUUCACCUGGAUCCUUGGGUUGCAUAGUAAUUGGUGAUGAUAAUAAUUGUAGAAAUUAUGAUAUUGUAGUCCACUCCAAUUCAGGUCGUCUGCAGCGUAUUAGUAAGCUUCAUCCUAAUAAUAUGAUGCUGCAAUAUCCGAUUUUGUUUCCAUAUGGUGAAAAGGGUCGGUCUCCGCGUUUAAAGUUGGAUUUGUAUACCAUAGAGUUCCAGAAAAGAGGUCUUAUCCACUGUCACACGUUGAUUUGGGUUAACAGUGCAUAUAGGAUCAAGAAUCCAGACGAUGUGGAUACAUAUAUUACUGUUGAGUUGCCAUAUCCAAUGAUGGAACCUCGGUUGUAUGAAACGAUAACAACGUGUACGAUUCAUGGUUCGUGUGGUCCACUAAAUGAAAAGGCUCUGUGUAUGAAAGAUGGCAAAUGUAGCAAACAUUUCCCAAAGUCGUUUCUUGAUUCUACAUUCUUUGAUACUGAGGGUUACGUGCGUUACAAGCGUGGUUCAUCCGCCCGGCACACAACACCACGCAGGGUUGUCAUAGAUAAUGGAUAUGAUGUCCCCUACAAUAAAAGACUUUGUUCCCGAUUUCAAGCUCACAUUAACGUUGAAUAUUGUGGCUGGAACAUGAUGAUCAAGCACCUGUUCAAAUAUAUAUCAAAAGGAGUAGAUCGUGUCAAAUAUGUAAUUCAGAAAAGCGAACCGAAUGAUAAGACUGGUUGA